CACCUCGCAUCGGACUGACGCGCUCGUACAUCCGUGUGUUGCAUACUUGCUUAUAUUCACUUGUCCUCCUGGGACAUUCAGGGAAGUGACAAUGCCGCGACCCUCACGUGAAUCUUAUGGCGAUCAGAAACCUCCGUACUCGUACAUAUCCCUGACGGCGAUGGCGAUCUGGAGCUCCCCGGAGCGCAUGCUGCCGCUGUCGGAGAUCUACCGGUUCAUCACGGACCGCUUCCCGUACUACCGGCGCAACACGCAGCGCUGGCAGAACUCGCUGCGGCACAACCUCUCCUUCAACGACUGCUUCGUGAAGGUGCCGCGCCGCCCGGACCGGCCCGGCAAGGGCGCCUACUGGACGCUGCACCCGCAGGCCUUCGACAUGUUCGAGAACGGCUCGCUGCUCCGGAGGCGCAAGAGGUUCAAGCUCCAGAAAGGCGAGAAAGAUAACCUGAACGCAGAAUUAGCAGCGCUGGCCAGUUUUAACAGAGCAUUUUUGGCAAGACAAGCAAGUGCACCCCCGCCGCCGCCUGCAAUGCCAACCGCCAGUUUAUACACUCCUCCACUGUGUCCACAAUUGAGUCCAGAGCCAGCAGAACUACCGGAGGCAGCCGCUAUUACAACGUUGCCACGUGAAAGACCCCGAAGAGCGUUCACAAUCGAGGCGCUUUUGGAGCCGGACUUGCCGCGCCUGUCGCCGUCGCCGCCGCACCAGGUGCUGAUCCCGAUGCCCCGCAUGGAGAGCGCGGUGUCGUACGUGGCGGCGGCGCAGCGGUACCACGCGGAGCUGCUGGCGGCGGCGCACGCGCUGCGCCCCUGCUACCUGCCGCCGCCGCCGCUGCCCGUCGCCUGACAUCAGCCUCACUCCAGCUGCUCCAAUGUUUCGUGCAAUGUUAGAUUGUAAGUACACUAGUAUUCAACAUUUUGUAGACCGUGAUUGACGUGAACAUUCUUCAUUAUUUAAUUGUUAAAGUUUUGAGUUCUUCAUUUGUGUUCUUGCUGGAGUCUUCAAGAGCCACCAGUCCAACUUAUGGUUUCCUACUUUAUGACGUUAGUAGGAAGCAGUGAUGACAUACCCUUAACGCAUUUAGUAUAAUGUAUAACUAUUUAUUAUCCAAAAAGCGUGAUACAUGGAGGCUUAGUAAGAUGGGCCUACUGUUGAACAUUCCACAAAUGAUUCACCGCAUCAAUAUCGUGUUUAAGUGAUCUCACUUUAAGGUUAAUGUAACUAUUGAUUAGAGUUUGAAAGGUGUGAAAAACAGUGGUUCAACAUAAUAUACUGUAGCAAUAAAUAAUCGUGAGAAAGUGAACUAAAUAAUCAAGAGAGCAACUAAAUGACAAAAUUAUAAAUACUACAGAAAAGUCCUGUAAAUUAUUCUCAGUUUAUAAUUUUACAUAUUCUCUCUUACAAUUCUAAUCAGAAAAAUCAUAUUAUCUGUAGUUAUAUAGUAAAUGUAAAAAAUAUAAUUAUUGUUGUAUAAUAGCUAGCGUAGAUUAAGAUUGUUAUUUAUUUAGUGAUGAGAACUGAAUAUUUUCCUGUGCAUAGAGUAGAUCAAUUAUUUGUGUAAAUAUUGUUUAAAUUGUUAUGACUAUUGAGUAGGAAUAUUAAAUGCAAUUCAUUAUA